AUGGCAUCUUCUUCUUCUUCUUCUGUCUCAUCAGAUACCAAACAACAAGGAAUUGUUGGCCAUAUUGAGGAUAAGAAACAUAAUCCAGUUGAUGAAAAUGUUCUUCAGAAACAUGCUGCUUUCUUUGAUGUUAAUAAAGAUGGUGUUAUUUAUCCAUGGGAAACUUUCCAAGCUAUGCGUGAAAUCGGGAGUGGGGUGUUAUUAUCAACUGCAGCUGCUGCUUUCAUUAAUGUGGCCCUCAGUCAGACUACUCGUCCUGGAAAAUUUCCAUCUCUACUUUUUCCGAUUGAAGUUAAGAAUAUCCAACUAGGCAAACAUGGCAGUGACAGUGGAGCUUAUGAUAGUGAAGGAAGGUUUGUUGAAUCAAAGUUUGAAGAAAUUUUCAUGAAACAUGCACAUACACAUCCAAAUGCUUUAACACAUGAUGAGGUGGAUGAGUUGAUAAAAGCAAACAGAGAGCCUAAUGAUUUCGCAGGAAGGAUUGGUAGCUUUGUUGAAUGGAAAAUUCUGUACAAACUUGCGAAAGACAAGAAUGGUUUACUUCAGAAAGAAACAAUCCGUGGUGUUUAUGAUGGAAGCUUGUUUGAUGUGCUAAAAAAUGAACAUACAAAAAGAAUUAGUUCAUCCUAA